AUGGGUCAGAUUCCCGCUACAGUGGUUGACUCCCAUGCAUCUCAGCUCGAGACAUGUGGGCGCAAACGACGAGAUCUUGCUUCGGAGCAAGCAACACCAGCAUGGGUCCAGCAGCAGUGGAAGGCGAAGAGUGGGGAAGACCCAGAGAGCAUGGUUCAACGAGUGGGCCGAAGCGGGACGACUCGAUGCGUCGAGCGUGCGGAGAGAUUCAUGUCUCAGAGGCCGGUGCGCAGCAUGCAGCGGAGACGCUACGACCCGCUACCUGCCUCGAGUCGACGAAACCAUGGGAAAGUACGUCGUGUGAGAUCACGAUCUUCCUCCGGGGAAACGAGCCGAAAGAAAUCCGAGGGGCCGGAGCUUUCAGAGGAUAUAUUUGACGACGCUAGCGAUGUUGCAUAUGCGAUGCCGAUACAGUACCAGCGAGCAAUGCGUCCGGAUCAGCAUCGUUUGGAUCCCUUUCCUCCACCGCUGUUGCUGUAG